CAGAGUGGGAGUGGCAGCAGCAAUCCCGGCAACAUGCUGAGCUGUCCGUUUUGCGUCAUGCUACAAGUAAAGCGCUUUCUUCUCGGAAACCAAGCUUCAACUAUAUCACCUGCGCUACAUCGACAACGAUGGUGGAUGCGAGCUAUACGAAGUUGGCGCGCAUUUAUCGACACGUGAUGAGUGCGGCAUCAUGGAUCAAGGACCGCCCGGUCUUUCCACGCGUCGCGGGUCCAGAUAUCGCCUCGACAUCAGUGACAUCGUCACGUGACUUUUAAGACACCUAUAAAGACACCUGACGAGCACUGCUUCACCAGUGGGCAUGGCAGCAGCCACCCUUGCAACAUGCAUGCUCAGCAGUCCUUUCUUUUUUUUUUUUUUGCCUCAUACUACAGUUCACGGCCAUCCUACUCAGUACGGAUUUGAACUACCGCAUGCACUAGAACGACUGCCCACGUGAUCUACGCACUUGGCGUGCAUCCAUUGGCACGUGGUGAAUGCGACGUCAUGGACCGACCGCACCUUCCAUCCGUCAUUCGUCCAGGUUCCUGGACAUCAGCGACGUCUAGUAACGUGCCUGUUCGGACAGCUGUAGUAAGACACCCAACGAGCCCGGCUUUACCGGUGCACAGUGACAGUCACUUUUGGUUCACGCAUACAGGUCAGGGACGCGUGAACCAGCUGGGUGGCGUGUUCAUCAACGGCCGGCCGCUGCCAAACCACAUUCGACUCAAGAUCGUCGAAAUGGCCGCUGCCGGGGUUAGGCCUUGCAUAAUCUCCAGGCAACUCAGGGUGUCACACGGGUGCGUCUCCAAAAUACUCAACCGUUACCAGGAAACGGGCAGCAUCCGUCCCGGGGUGAUAGGCGGCAGCAAGCCCCGUGUGGCGACCCCCGACGUCGAGCAGAGGAUCGAGCAGUACAAAAAGGAAAACCCGAGCAUCUUCUCGUGGGAGAUCCGCCACAAGCUCAUCAAGGUACGCGACGGCGUGUGCGACAAGACUUCAGCGCCGAGCGUGAGCUCCAUCAGCCGUGUGCUGCGGGGAAGCCGAUACACCGGCAGCCCCGACGACUCGCCGCAACGUGGCGGCAGUGACGGCGAAUGCGCCAAGAAGGCCGACCACAGCAUCGACGGCAUCCUCGGAGGCCGGCUCAGCGGUCUGGACAACGACUCCGACUGCGACUCGGAGCCGGGCCUGCUGCUCAAGCGCAAGACGCGCCGUUCGCGCACCACCUUCACCUCCGAACAGCUGGACGCCCUGGAGCGGGCCUUCGAGCGCACCCAGUACCCGGACGUGUACACACGCGAGGAGCUCGCGCAGACGACCAAGCUCACGGAGAACAGAGUUCAGGUAUGGUUCAGCAACCGACGCGCCCGCUGGCGCAAACAGCUGGGAAGCCAACCCGCAGGCGCCGCGUUCAGCAGCCAGCUGCUACAGGGCUACGCCCAGGCGGCAGCCGCUGCUCCAGUUGUCAGCGCAGCAGCGACGACGCACCAUCACCCGCACCUGGACUCCGGCAUGGCCUCCGCGGGGCUCCAGCACCACGACACCGCAGCAUGGCACCGCUCGCAUCAGUCUCUGGCAUCGUCGAACACUGUGUUGCAGCCAGGGUACGGCUCAUACGCGACCGAGUCCUGCAUCAACGGAGACCCUUUGCCUCAACAGGUGUAUGGCUUGCUCGCCGGCAACGGAAGCGGAACCGCGGGAGGCCCGUCCUCGCUGAGCGUGCCGGAUUUCCACAUCCCGGCUCUGAGUGCGGCCAACGACAUGGCCGCCUGGUCGCCCAGUCUCGUCAGCUCGACAGCAGCGCUGUCGGCCAGGGCCGACGCGCCGGCCGCCACCAGCGUCUUCGGACACCACGGGGCGUUCGGAGCUGCGGCCGCGUCGGACAACUUCGGUGGGAUGAUUGGAAACACAGAAGGGUUUAUUUCGAGCACAUUCAACAACCUGAACAGCUCUCACAGCGCAAUGGGAAUGGAUGUGAAGGCAACAUUUCCAUACGGAAGUCAGUUUGCUGCUGGAGCAAGUGCCAAUCAGAUGUGCAAGGAAUUUGACAUGCCAGCCACGGCUCUAGCAAGUCUGCGACAGAGGUCUCGGGAGCAUGCCGUUGCACUAGGACUUUUCUAAAACUAUGUGCUUCAGCUCUGCUCAUUCAGGAACACAAACGUCACUCCUGUACAAAGACAUACAUUUCCACACAUCUACAUCAAAAAACUCAUUUGUUUGUUGUGCAUGUUUGUACUUUUCUUCAUCCUCCAAAUAGUACAGUGAACUCAGUCUUUAUGUAUGACUGUUGCAUGAAAAGACAAUCUUGUAAAGAGGCCAUGCAACGAUUUUUAAAUGUGGUAAAUAAACUUGCUUGGUCACUGGGCAAUAUUGUCAAGAACAUAUGUGCCAAAUAGUUUUACAAAAGCUUCACAUAUUAUUUUAACUUCCUGUUUUGCUCAUAUGUGUAUGUCAUCUGCUGUAUUCAUUCAUUAACAUGUACAGCACUUCUUUGUUAAAUAAAUACCAUUACGUGCAAGUGGAUGACAUGAAAAUAAAAGAUAAACUUGCAACUUUUCCAUGUUUGUUUACUUGUAGAAACAGCAACAAUAGUGUACACUGAACAAGCACACAAUGGUGCUUUGUAGAAUCACUUCUCAAUCGGAGCCCUGGAGAGAUUAUUUUGAAUGCCAUUAGAAUUGACUCCUACAGGACACUACCCCUGCUGCUCAAUCUGCUCAGACGUAACAUUGCUACUAAUUGAUUGUAAUCAGUCAUAUGUGCCUGGUACCUAAACCAAGUAAAUUUUACUGCACAUAUUACAAUUAUUCGAAUGAAUAGCCCUGGCUAGCCCCACUAUGAUCUGGGGACCACAAGGUCACCAGGUUGGAUUCCACAAGACUACACUUGACCUGCACAAAUGCAGCGCUGAAACUCGAUAGUAUUGUAGGCACUUGUAUAUAUCUUAAGUUCGAUGCAUUGGCAAUGGCAAAGAAACAUGCCUACAGGGAAAGGAAUCGCAUGUGUCAUCUAAAUUUCAACCUCCCUUCUCCACUCAAUAGACCCUGUCCUAAUAUCAAAAUUUCCACAUCAGCUUCCCGGUCACAAGGUGACGAUACAUAUAUCAUUGAUUUCAUCUGAACCCUGCCCUCGCCAAUAACUACCUCUACUGCCUAGGACUGACCACCAACCCAUAUUGUGAUAACUGUGGUGUGUUAGAAACUAGUCUGCUGAGAAGGCAAUAAGGCCUAGUAUUCUUCGUAAAUAUAGUGCUUUUUGGGAACCGAAGCCCAUUCUACCGAAAUAAGAUCACUGGUAUCUGCAGCCUGCACAUUCCAACAAAAUGUAUUACCACCAUUUGUAAUGCACAUCAGGCAAGCUUUAAAAUUUUUUAUAUUAUCCUUGAAG